AUGAAAAAUUGUAAUUUCCCCCACCAUUUGACCUCCAUUUUCCUUCCCAACUUCUCGGGCUGCUCAUCUUCCCCUCCUUGUAUUUGCCCCAAAGUUUCGCAACGGCGAGUUUCCUUACCACCUUCUCUGGCUCACACAAUGCGUGAUGUGUGGCAUCCACUUCUACAACAUCGGCUGAUAAGUCGUACUCAUCUAGUUCUUAUCCACAGGCAUCACUGCUUAGUAUACAGGGUAACAGCCAUUCAUCUGUUAGUUAUACCCACACACUUGCAUGUUCUUGCCGUUCAUAGGCUCAUUACACUAGCGAAAAAGAACUCCUACUACGGGACCAACGGGGAUUUCAUCAGCAGCAGCAACUGGGACUUUUUUCGUCAAGAAUUCGAAUAUAAUCACAGUGCUAAAGUGAAAUAUCUGUUUACGCCGAGAUCUUGUCGAGCUUGUAACCAAAAUCUGCCCCGAAAGCUGGGUUUUUAUCGUAGCGUUUCCGCACUCAUUAUCGUUCAGAUUUCAUACCGGUGUGUGUGA